AUGACGCCCCGGUCUAUUCUCAAGCGUUCUUCAGAACGACAAAGGCCUACCACCCAGCACGCCGUCCACUUCCCUCCUACGCCGGCUCUGUGCAGCACCUACUCGGCCUACUCCGCCUCUGCAUACGACCGCACUCCGAUCCAAGUCACCAAAAACAUCUGUGCUUUGCCUGAACGCAACGGUCGCACCUACUUCUGUGACGAGUCAUCCACCUCCUCCCGCCGGACUCCCCGGUCUCGCGACGACCGACGCGCCGGUCUGCCCCAGCUCAUUCCCGACGUCUCCUCGUCUUCCUCCGACGAGAGCGAUGCCUUCCACCACAGCCCAUCCACUUAUGGCCAUCCUACUCCUCAGUACUCUUAUGGCGCAAACGGUCUGCCUAUGAAGUACGAGUACGACGAAUACUCCCAAUGCAACGACUCUGCAGCCCUCGCCUUCCUCCCUUACCCACCUUCUCCCCCUGCUCACGACCGCUCCCGAGGACGACGGAAACACGACAAUCUCGUCGACUCCCCACGGAUACGAGAGUCAAACUCGUCCAGCUCGUCUACUGACGAAGAGCGCACCCCAGCUCCCACCAAGAAGCGGAGUAGCAGUCGUCGCCGGGAGUAUCUCAAGCAGCUUGCGGAGAAGGGCAGCUCACCCAGUGCUCUCUGCACCACCUUUGGGGCUAUCAGCUUGCAGGACGAUGGGUUGAGGUUCAGCAGUAGCAGCAGGCAGUGGGAUGCCAGCGCCCCACCAGGGGACUUUCGGCGGUCCCAAUACAACGGGCUUUGGACGCCUACCCUACUCGACCAAUCGCUCACUGGCUUGUCGCCAGUCCCAGGUUGCGACCCGGUCUCCAUUCUGGCAACCAGAUUGCCAUCCGCACCCAGCAACGCCCACCCCUGCCUCUUACCCGCCGCAUCGCAUUGCGGUUUCCCUACCUCGGGAUCAUCUAUGGACUUCUUCCGGUUCCUCAUGCCAACCUGUUUCAAAAUAUGGAUCCGCCUUCUCCCUGAGGCUCGACCCUCGCAACACCCGCAUCUCGCAGUGUCUUCAGCCUUGGCUCCUUCGCAUUACCGGACGCUCAUCAUUUGUAUCAUGCACACAACACAACGCAAGCAUCGCAAUCAAUCAAACAACAACCUAACCUACUUGUAA